CUUACCCGCAGCUCCGACCACUGGCUCGCGCUACCCAGAGGUGAGUGCCGGGCUCGGCGCUCUGCUCCUGGAGCUCCCGCGGGACUGCCUGGGGACAGGGACUGCUGUGGCGCUCGGCCCUCCACUGCGGACCUCUCCUGAGUGGGUGCGCCGAGUCAUGGAGGGCGCAGAGCUGGCCGGGAAGAUCCUUUCCACCUGGCUGACGCUGGUUCUCGGCUUCAUCCUUCUGCCUUCGGUCUUCGGAGUGUCUCUGGGCAUCUCCGAGAUCUACAUGAAGAUCCUGGUGAAAACUUUAGAGUGGGCCACAAUACGAAUUGAAAAAGGAACCCCAAAGGAGUCGAUUCUUAAAAACUCUGCUUCUGUUGGUAUUAUCCAAAGAGAUGAGUCACCCAUGGAAAAAGGGCUCUCUGGUCUACGAGGAAGGGACUUUGAGCUGUCUGACGUGUUUUAUUUCUCCAAGAAGGGAUUGGAAGCCAUUGUGGAAGAUGAAGUGACCCAGAGGUUUUCCUCAGAGGAGCUAGUGUCAUGGAAUCUCCUCACAAGAACCAAUGUAAAUUUCCAGUACAUCAGUCUGCGGCUCACUAUGGUGUGGGUGCUGGGCGUCAUAGUGCGCUAUUGCGUCCUACUGCCUCUGAGGGUUACCUUGGCUUUCAUUGGGAUCAGUUUGCUGGUUAUAGGAACUACACUGGUUGGGCAGCUGCCAGACAGCAGCCUCAAAAACUGGCUGAGUGAACUGGUCCAUCUGACUUGCUGCCGGAUCUGUGUGCGAUCCCUCUCUGGUACCAUUCAUUAUCAUAACAAGCAAUACAGACCCCAGAAGGGAGGCAUUUGUGUUGCCAACCAUACUUCCCCAAUUGAUGUUUUAAUCUUGACAACGGAUGGAUGUUAUGCUAUGGUUGGCCAGGUUCAUGGCGGCUUGAUGGGAAUUAUUCAGAGAGCUAUGGUCAAGGCUUGUCCUCAUGUCUGGUUUGAACGCUCAGAAAUGAAGGAUCGACAUCUGGUUACUAAGAGACUAAAAGAACAUAUUGCUGAUAAGAAGAAAUUACCCAUAUUAAUUUUUCCUGAAGGAACUUGCAUCAACAAUACUUCAGUCAUGAUGUUUAAAAAGGGGAGCUUUGAAAUCGGAGGAACCAUACAUCCAGUUGCAAUUAAGUAUAACCCUCAGUUUGGUGAUGCAUUUUGGAACAGCAGUAAGUACAACAUGGUGAGCUACCUGCUUCGAAUGAUGACCAGCUGGGCCAUCGUCUGUGACGUGUGGUACAUGCCCCCGAUGACCAGAGAGGAAGGAGAAGAUGCAGUCCAGUUUGCUAACAGGGUUAAGUCUGCUAUUGCUAUACAAGGAGGCCUGACUGAACUUCCCUGGGAUGGAGGACUAAAGAGAGCAAAGGUGAAGGACACCCUCAAGGAAGAGCAGCAGAAAAAUUACAGCAAGAUGAUUGUGGGCAAUGGAUCUGUCAGCUAAGAGGACAGCUGACAGCUUUUAGAUCUAGUACUAGCCCUUAGAAAUGGAAUGGCUUUGUUUUCUGUUUUGUUUUUAUGAUUGUGAAUCUUUUCUACAGAAUGAUUGUCUCUACCUCUUUAUGCCAGAGGCAGAACCUACAGGUGCCCUUUUUGGCUUUUGUUGUUGUUGUAACAUUAGCCCCAUGGAUUGUAAGGUGGUUUACUGAGUUCAAACAGAUUCUGCUUUGAUAAAAUGAUGGCGUCACUGUUGACUGAAUGAAAUAUUUGUAUAGAAAAAAGUGCUUGUAAAGUGUGUUUGGAACUCAUCGAUAGGGUAAUUCUCCAAAAAUGCCCAAACUCUCUUUUUAUAAUUAGCCUUGCCACUUUCUUCAGUCACUUAAAUGGUGAGAUUACACAUCAGUGCAAGAUGACCAUUAUGGUUAUGGUCUACUGCAAGGUUGAAAGGAAUAAUGGAGGAUUGUAUUUAGGAAAAGGGACAACUUUGUGGCCACCUGCUCUGAAAGUCAAAAGGAAACAUAAAUUAGUAUUAUUAGUAUGUUGGAAGAGAAAUACUACUUUUC